AUGAAGGCGUUUCUGAACUCGUCCGUGACUGUCAGGACCACCGUCCGCGUGUUUGGCAGCACAACUACCGUGGUCAGUACCAGAGCUGUGCAACUGUUGAAAAACGUCACUCUCGACGACGCGUCGCGUGUCAAAGACUGCGUUGUCUCGUACGACAAGAGUCUGGUCGUCAUCACCGCUGUGGCACUGUUACUCUUACUAUCUCCGGCGAUAGUCUACAACCUGCUUUACUUUAAACUGUUGUUGUCGAACCGUCAUUCCGAGCCGUGGAUCAGGAUCAUGCUGCUGAACGUGUCGGCGUGUACGAUGCUGCACGGCUUGGCGAUGAUGUUCAUGACCGUGUACAACGUGUUCGCCAUUCGUCGCUUGCUGGACAGUGCCCACUGUCGCUGGAUUAACUACCCGGCGGCAUCUUUGUACGCCGUCAACCUCACCUCGGUGGUGGUCAUCUCCAUCGUACUGUUGUUGAACUCGUACUCUCACGGUCAGUCGUACAUGAGUCGUAAAAAAGGAGUGAUUGUGAUGCUGCUGCUCACGUGGACUUUGGCGUUCGUGUGCGGGGCGGCCUACAAUGCUCGCGUGGCCAUACAUCAAGAGUUCGAUUGCUUCUGCCACCACAUUCUGACCACGAACCACACGCUGCUGUUCAGCUUGCACUCGGUCGAGCUGUUCGCCUUGUUCAUCGCCGUAGUCAACUUUUCGUACGUGUUCCGUCGAAGUCGCAUGAAGGUGCUGCACUUCGACAUCAGCAACACUGAGCAGAGCCUGAGCGAGAGGGUGCUGCAGUGGAAGACGGCCACCAACGCCAGGAACGUGCUGCCAUGGGCGAUCGUCCACUCGCUGUUCAUGACCUUCAUCGUCGCCGUGUCCGUGCUGGUCGUCUUCGAACAUGAACGGGUGACGUGGCGCAUGCGCAUCGCCAUGAUCAUGAGCACCAUGUAUCUACAGACCAUCAACAUCCUGGUGCAACCUCUGAUCCUCAUACGGUCCAGCUACAGUCUGUCGAAGAAGGUGGAACAGCUGCCGAUGUACGUGCGCAGAAUAUUCAUCCCUUGCGUGUGCGUUCGCAGAAUCAGCUUUGUCACGGAAUGUACCACUCUCAUGAGUCACGACCUCAGCUUCAAAACCCAGCCGAGUCAUGUCACUUUGCAAGACUUUUGGAGCAAAGAGAGAAAGCGCAUUUGGAAGCACAGAAAAGGCAGGCAUCCUCAAAAUAAUCUUCAACGAUGCUAA